CACUAACAUGAGAGGUCCAUACAUGUGAUAUCAGGUUGGCAAACGACGUCAAGAGGAUAGCAAAUAUUCAGACUGUGCGCAAAUUCGGGACAACAAGCACUUCGACACAAGGCUUGUCAAUCAUUUGAUAAUCGAACAAGACCAGACUUCCAAGACCAUAACCACAGAGCACUGCGUACCUUUCCUACAAUGGCAACCACGACAGGAGAUGAGAGCAGACAUGACAAUCAAAUCAUCCUCUUCACCUUCCCCGAAUCUGUCUAUGGUCGAAGAAUCGUUCGCUACCUCAACCUCCGCCAAAUUCCCUUCACUCAAAUCCGCGUUCCACCAAAUAUGCCUCGACCCAUCCUCUCUGAAAGACUAGGAAUUCAUUAUCGACGCAUUCCCGUCCUCUCAAUAGGACGAGACAUCUACAUCGACACGCGUCUCAUUCUCCGCAAAUUAGAAUCUCUCGACACAAUCGGGGACCCAUCAACUCGUCUCGGAGCCAAAGACUCCUUCGGAAGUGGAAUCGAAGAUAUCCUAGAAGAAUUCAUCAUCGAUGGCGGACCAUUUUGGCGUACUGCCGGCUUGAUUCCCGUAAAUUCUCCUUUGAUGCAAGAUCCAGUUUGGGUGAAAGAUCGAUUUGAUGGGAGUGGAGGGCAAUUCACCAAGGAGAAAUUGUUGCAGUUAAGGGAAUGGAAUUUGAGUCAGGAGAGGUUGUAUUUUGGGAUGGUGGAGAAAUUGUUGGGGGAUGGGAGGAAGUGGUUGCUUGGUGGGGAGGGGCCGGGUUUGGCGGAGAUUCAUGCGGGGUGGGUUUUUGAUUGGGCGAUUAGUAUGGCGGAGGGUGUGCCGGAUGGGAGGUAUGCGGCGAAGGAGGACUUGAGGAGGGAGUUGGGUGAGGAGAGGUUUCCGAAGGUGUGGAGUUGGGUGAGGAGGUUUAGGGAGGUUACUGCGGAGGGUGAGCAGAGGAAUCUGGGCGCGGGUGUUUUGGGUGAAGGGAGCGAUGCUGAGGAUGCUGUCGUUGAGAGGAUUUUGAAAGCUCAAUUCACGGAAGCGGGCGACCUCGAAUUCGAUGCGAGUGAUGUGUUGGGGCUGAAGAAGGGCCAAAAAAUCAGCAUUUCGCCUACUGACUUUGGCUUCACGCACAAAGACGAAGGCAAGUUAGUGGGACUGACGAAGGAUGAGGUGGUGAUCGAGAGUCCGGUGCCCAAGGAGCAGGGCAUCUUGCGUUUGCACUUCCCACGAUUCAACUUCAAGGUUCUGCCGGCAAGCUAA